UUUGUUUUUCGGUGUUUUUUGGGCUUGUUGAUUUGACUUUGUCUCACUUCUGUGUUUUUGUAGGUUCAUCUUUCAACACAGUUGGUGUCGGUGCCGAAGCCAUAGAAAAGACUGUUGUACUGUUGGGGGUCCCUCUAAAGGACAGAGCUUUCAUCGGCCUCAAGUUCGAACGCGAAGAGCCUUCUCAAGAAGAAGAAGUUUCUGAACCUGCGAACAUGUCGACAUCAACAGGUACUGGCCCAUCGACACGCUCUGGUAAGGCCCCAUCUGCGGAUGCAUUGCUGAGGAAGAGGCUAGAGUCACUAAGAAGUGUGUCUCGAGCCAAACCCAUCAAUGUGUUGUCACCACCGAGGCCGCCAAAGGCUUCAACUGACGCCACGGUGAUGGGGGAGACCAGCUCGCUUCUGCCUGCUGAGAAAAAGCUGCCGCCUCCAUCUCGGAAGAGGAAGCUUGCAGUGGAGUUUCCUGACGACUACGGGUCGGCAGAUGAGCCACGGGUUCAGCUUUGGCCUGAGGUCGACCGCCUCUGGAUGCCGUCAAGUCGGGAGCGCCAGGAAUCUUUGUCCCCAGUAGCUGCAACUGUCGAGAGCGUCUCGGAUGCAUGGAGGGUAUGUGUUUGCUUUUUUUUUUUUUUUUUUUCGCCUCUUCCAUCCUCAUCCCGUCACUUUAGAAACUUUAAAUAAUUUGCUUUCGCACUGGCCCUGCAAUCUGCUCUAGCCACACGUCAUCAUGUCAUCAUGUUAGAAGAUCAAAUAGUAAAACUAAAAAAUGACAUGAAGAAGGCAAAGCAGGAAGCUAGCUGUCUUGGCGGUGUGGCCAAGGAGGCGAUGGCAAGAGCUGAGGCGCUGCAGGUGAGUCAAGAGAAGGGGGUUGCUGAGGUCGCACAGUUGAACGCUGAGAAGGAGACGCUGGUUGCUGAGGUCGACGAGCUGGAGACGUCUCUCUCCAAAGUCAAGGCGAGGAUUUACGAGUGUGCUGGUUACUACACUUGGAAAAUGAAGGCCGAGAUGAUGGAGGAGUUCAAGGCGGGCAAACAUGUGAACUGGACUCCUGACGAAGACAUUGUUAAGUUCAACACUGCAUUCCCCGAGGAAUAUAUCCCCCUGGUGCCGUUAGCGAUGAAGAAGACGUCUAGGAGGGUGCAACUGCAACCAGCCCCGAUGUCGAGACGAUGGCGGCACCAGGCGAUGGCGAACAAGGGGAGAAUGCAGGCCCAACAGACCAUCAGGAGUAGUUCUGUCCCCACUCCUUAAAAAAUUUAAAAUUUGAAUGUUGUGUUUGUUAAAAAAUGUCUUUUUUAAACAAUAUUUUGUGUGUUCGGCCUUUGGGAAGGUCGAAAAGAUAUUUGUGGCUGUGUUUCGCCUUGAAGGCGGCAGUCUUUUGAAUGCUUUUGGGCUUGUCCAAGGGGGCAAGUCAUGUAAAUAUUUGUGGUUUGUGAAUUCCGUGUUGCUUGUUUUGUGUUUGGAAAAAAUGUGUUUGGUUUUGGUGUUUUUGUUUUGCAGGUUGGGCACAUACCUUGAGUUCGACUUUGGCGAUGCCUCCAGCCUGUCAAAGGGGAACCUGCAAGAAAUGUAUGCUGUAGAAAAUGUAGAUCUGUAUUCCAUUAUGUAUGUAGUGUACAUUGUAGUGUACCAGGCGUUUUUGUAAUGGCCUAAAUUGUGUUUUG